AUGAGGAAGCCACGAGCAGCUGUGGGAAGUGGUCGCAGGAAGCAGGCAGCCAGACAGGAGGGAAGGAAGAAACGUGCCCUCAGCAGCAGCCAGGCCAAGCCUUCUGCCCCUGAUGCCUGUGCAGGGACAAUCGUUUGGUGUCCUGGGGCCCCAGCAGGCCUGGCCAGGCAGCAGGAAGAGGUGGUAUUGCAGGCCUCCUUCUCUCCGUACCAUCUAUUCAGAAGCACAGCUGAAGUCACAGCCUUCCGGGGGAGCUUGCUAAGCUGGUACGACCGAGAGAAGCGAGACCUACCCUGGAGAAGACAGGCGGAGGAUGAGGUGGACCUGGACAGGCGGGCGUAUGCUGUGUGGGUCUCAGAGGUCAUGCUGCAGCAGACCCAGGUUGCGACGGUGCUCAACUACUAUACCCGAUGGAUGCAGAAGUGGCCAACGCUGCAGGACCUGGCCAGUGCUUCCCUGGAGGAGGUGAACCAGCUCUGGGCUGGCCUGGGCUACUAUUCUCGAGGCCGGCGGCUACGGGAAGGAGCUCGGAAGGUGGUAGAGGAACUAGGGGGCCACAUGCCACGUACUGCAGAGACCCUGCAGCGGCUUCUGCCUGGUGUGGGGCGGUACACAGCCGGGGCCAUUGCUUCUAUUGCCUUUGGCCAGGCAACCGGUGUGGUGGAUGGGAACGUAGUACGGGUGCUGUGCCGUGUCCGAGCCAUUGGUGCUGAUCCCAGCAGCACUCUUGUCUCCCAGCAGCUCUGGAGCCUAGCCCAGCAGCUGGUGGACCCAGCCCGGCCAGGGGACUUCAACCAAGCAGCCAUGGAGUUGGGGGCCAUAGUGUGCACCCCACAGCGCCCACUCUGUAGCCAGUGCCCUGUGCAGAGCCUGUGCCGGGCAUGCCAGAGGGUGGAGCAGGAGCAGCUCUCAGCCUCACGGAGCCUGCCAGGCAGUCCUGACGUGGAGGAGUGUGUUCCCAACACUGGACAGUGCCAGCUGUGCCCACCUCCCAUAGAGCCCUGGGACCAGACCCUAGGAGUGGCCAACUUUCCCCGAAAGGCCAGCCGCAGGCCCCCCAGGGAGGAGUGCUCUGCUACCUGUGUUCUGGAGCGGUGCAGGGCCCUUGGGGGUGCCCAAAUUCUGCUGGUGCAGAGGCCCAACUCAGGUCUGCUGGCAGGACUGUGGGAGUUCCCAGCUGUGACCUCACAGUCCUCAGAGCAGCAUCAGCGUGAGGCCCUGCUGCAGGAGCUGCAGAGUUGGGCCGGGCCCCCCCCGGCCACCCACCUCCGACACCUGGGGAAGGUGGUCCACACCUUCUCUCACAUCAAGCUGACGUAUCAAGUAUAUGGUCUGGCCCUGGAAGGGCAGGCCCCUGUGACCACCACACCACCUGGCGCUCGCUGGCUGACACGGGAGGAAUUUCAUACCGCAGCCGUCUCCACCGCCAUGAAAAAGGUGUUCCGCAUGUAUGAGGGCCAGCAGCCAGGGACCUGCAAGGGUUCCAAAAGGUCCCAGUUGUCCACUCCAUCCAGCCGGAAAAAGCCAAGCCUGGGCCAGCAAGUCCUGGAUAGUUUCUUACGGCCCCACGUCCCCACUUAGUCAUUCAUCCUCAACAGUGCAGCCCAGUGGUGCCUCUGGAAGCCCCCACCCCCUGAGAAUCCUGUUGUUAAAUAAAGUGCUUAUAUUUUUA